CUGCGAAAAACCUGCAAAAAUGCCGAAGAAAAAGCCCCAAAUCUUCAAAAAGGCCAUGAAUAUCCUCACAAUCUCCAUUCCAAUUCACAAACUGAGAAAACCCAUCAACACAAAUCUCCUCUUAUUCAAAAAGACCCGAAAAAUCAAGCAUCUGAACCUGCUAAAACACCACAACUACUACAUUGGAGCAUACCAGUUCUCUCCUCCAAGCACUCCUCUUUUAAAUAAAACUCCAUUCAAGAAGGGAACCCGCAGGAACCUCUAUUCCAUGCUCUUGCUCUGCAGCUGUUCCGGCAAUUCGAGCGGAGGCGAAGAAGAAGAAGAAGAGCAAGAGGAAGAUGGGUGUGAAUCGGAAGAUCCAACGGUCGAUGUUGGAAGAGAAACCGAGGCGUUGGAUUCAGAGGGAGAAGGCGAAUCGGUGGACCGGAGGGCGGAGAAGUUCAUAGAAAGAUUUUAUGAAGAGAUGAGAAUCCAAAGGCAGGAGUCGGUUAUCCAAUACAUGGAGAUGCUGAAUAGAGGCUCUGGUUGAGCUUGGAAGUCGUUUUUCUGCUUCUAUACACAGAGAUUGUGUGUAUUUGCUUUUGUUGCUGUUGUUUCGUUCCGUUUUCUCUCUGCAGGAGUAUUUUUUAUAGGCUGUGGAGAAAGAGUUUUGGAAUGGGUAGGAUAAUGCUUUGUAAUUUGCUGCUCUUGGAAGGGUGUUUUGGUCAAUAAGAAAUUAGUUUGA